AUGUCUCACAUUUGUAAAGGUUCAUCCGCAUCAAGUCCUGAUUUUCGUAACAUAAAUGUGAAUUCAAGAAAUCCUUUGUCUGAUAUAUCUAACGGUAUGUUCUUAAACAACACUGACAAAUCUGAAGCUGUUGAAAGAACAAAAGCUAGAAGAAUAUAUUCCAAUAGUAAAAGAUUCAAUACAACCUCAUCGCAGAGUCAAUCCACACUAAGUUAUUCAACCGAGAAUAAUAAAGAGAAUUUAAGUUCAUCCACAUCUCCCAUUGGUAUUCCAACAAACAUUACAAGCAACUCAGCAUCUACUUUAAGUCUUGACAUCAUACCUUCGUCAUCAUCUAGAAUUCCACCAAAUACUGUUCUCGCAUCAGACGAACCUUCAACAUUGACAAGAAUGUCAUCAGGAAAGUGUAAAUUAGUAAGAAAACGACGAAACUUAACACCUAUACCUAGUAUUGAUUUGACAACAGAUGAUGAUAACGAGGUUGCUGAUAUCAUAGAUCAACAUUUAAAAGGUGUUUCAAAAGUUUUGUUACCUGAUUUUAAGCAGCCUCCUGAAAUUUUGAAAGAUCUAUAUGUUGGCGUCAGUGCGAAGAGCAAAUUCUUUUUAAAAAACAUUCGGCGUUAUAAUUCUAUGUUCUCAUUUACAUCUAUGGGAGGAAGGAUUGACAAAACUAUCAACCGUGGAAAUGCACCUUAUGUCUUUCGAUUAAGUGGUCAAAAUUAUCAUACUAUUGGGAGUCUAUUACCUGAUGAUGGAAAUGAGCCAAAAUUCAGCCAGUUGUAUAUAUAUGACACAGAUAAUGAAAUAUUUAAUCGACAAAAUGCUGUUGGGGGCUCAAACACUUCUUUUACAAUAACUGAGUCAGCUUUUGAUGUUCAGAUCAUUGAAGAACUUACACUUAUGUUAGACACUAACAACGCUUUGGUUAAAAGUUAUAGACAAGCUAGAAACUGUUUAAAUGAAUACCCUUACAUCGACUUGAAGCUUUGUCUUAUUGGUAAAAGAUCCAAAGAUGGUAGGACAUAUAACCUUCCUGAAGCUUCUGAAGUUGCUGCAUUAGUUAUUGGAGAUCUGACUCAAGCUGUUGAGAAUCGUGAUAUAGUAGUGAAAAGAAUAUCUGGUCGGAUUGAGCGCAUAAGCGAAUUACAUCCUUCUUAUCUUUCUUUACAAUACCCUCUUCUAUUUCCAUAUGGAGAAGAUAUGUACAGGGUUGACAUUCUUCAUAGAGGUCUCAAUCCAGACACGAACAACAAACGUCCAAUGUGUACUAUGUGUGAGUUCUUUACUUAUAGAUUACAAGAUCGUGUUGAUGCUUACAACAAACGUCCAAUGUGUACUAUGCGUGAGUUUUCUGUUAUUCAUAAUGCAAAAAGACUUUUCCAACAAUUUGUUGUUGAUGCUUACACUAUGAUCGAGAGUGAAAGGUUGUUUUACAUACGGCGACAACAAACGCAUUUGAGGUCAGAAACUGUUCAGAAUAUACAAAAUGCAAAUAAUGAUGGAAAAAAAGAUAUGUAA